AUGUCACAAGAACAUAUUCUAAACAAUGGUGAAUCAGCGUUUGUUAUUCCCGAAGAAGAAAGAAACAUCAGUCAGAAAGAUUAUCAUCAUCCCAAUAAUCUCGCACCACCACCAGGAAACCCAAGUAAUGAAAUGGGAUCAGAAAACCAUUUGCAACAAUUAUCAAUUAUAGUAUACAAAGGAAACAACACGUGCGAAAACAACGGCUUAGAAAUUAUUACCAAAAAUGAGGCUACUGGAUCCACUGAGAGCAUCAAAUACAAUGAUUUCGUGUUUGAUAGAGAGAACGCGAACCAACGGAAACAACAAGAGAAUUCGUGGAGCCUACAGGAAGAGCCAGUUGCGAUCCUGAGAGAAUCGAUUAAGCUCAAAUUACCGAACCCCACACCACCAAAGCAACAAGAAACGAUAAGUCAUCCAGACAGUGAAGCGAUAAUGAACUUUUGA